AUGGCAUCGAUGGAGAUGAAAUGCUCCGUCUGUUGCUUGACGCAACCGAUCACUUCGUUCAGCAAGGCAGCUAGGAGGCGGGAGGAACCAAUCUGCAAGAGAUGCACUCACUGGGGCAUGGGAGUUGAGCCUGAAGUGACACCAAGCGCUCUUCAGACUGGGCACAUCUCCGGGGAGGAAGUCCGAGGCGAGGUCUGGGUGGAGGAAUACCUCAAUACCAGAAACGAGUCCCAGGACGCAUCUCAACAUGCACCCCAACCUACUUCUCGAAAUCCUACCGCAAACGAGACUCAGGUUGAGAGCUCUGCAGCAAGCAGCUGCGGGGGUGUUAGACUCGACGUGGAUGGAACAACGACGGAGGAUACUAAGAGCGUGGUCUCAGAGCUUCCGUCGGAGCUUGCGUCCUCAGUGAGAGGGUUAACCAUACAGGGGUCUCAGGGCCUCCCAACCCAUCUGCGUCGCGGUGGAAGCACGAUCCCCUCAACUUCCGAAGUCAAUAACACCCUCUCAAAGUUAAGGCCGCGAGAGGAAUCCAUCCAAGAACAGAUCCUUCGAAAGUCUGGCCGCCCAUCAUCAUCCGCAUCCGUAACAAGCGGGAGUAAUGUGGGUAGCAUAUCUACGGCUACUACGAUGCGUGAGGCUCGGAACAGAACCAUGAUAACUUUCAACCGGUGGGACAACACAGGCAACAUACACCAAGGUGUAAAGGACGAAACGACUGCAUCGAGUGUCAGCUCAGCUACGACAACUCCACUGUCGCGACAGGCUUGGCCAAAACUUGAAGUUGGUCCAAAAGAUACCGCUCCUCUCAGGGCCAUUCCCGUCGUUCGCGAGAAACGGGCAGAGCGAGAGUUCAACUCACAGAAGGCCGCCACAUUCUGCACUGAACCUGUUCCUGACGAUUCCGAUUGA